CGCUCAGGUUGGAGACAGAGCACCGACAGGUGUUGAGAGGACCCAGGAUACGGCGCCUGUACAAAAAUGCUUCAGUUUUUCCACAGGAUUCAAAAUAUACUAAAACAAUGGCUAGAACAUCAACAUCUGUGCUGUGAUGAGUUGAACGGUUUCCUGGACUGGGUUGGACCAGGGCUCCGUCUGGGCCUGGGAGUUGCCCAUUGGUUGGGGACCAUUUGAAACUUGUGCCACUCGGCACUGGGCACCGUGCCCUUCACCCAGUCCCACUGCAGCAACCUAAAGCCGGGUGGCUCAGUUCUGAACAAUGGAUGGAACAGCAAUGUGCUGACUCCUGCCCCGACCCACAGGCCCAGCAGCUUUUCAGCACCAGCAUGUAUAAAUAGGUCCGUUUACUCUGGGGUCAGGACGUCGUUUUUCUGGAGCCCCCUGUGAGCACUGCACAGCUAUUCUUUGGGGCAGGUCAGGUUAAUCAGUACCAAGAUACACAGUAGAAUGGCUCUGACUAAUCCCAACCCAACGGGAACAUGGAAGAUCACAGUCUAUGACCAGGAGAAUUUCCAGGGGAAGCGUAUGGAGUUCACCGCAUCCUGCCAGAACAUCAUGGAGUGUGGCAUGGACAACAUCCGCUCCCUGAAGGUGGAGUGUGGAGCCUGGGCAGGAUAUGAGCACUCCAGCUUCUGUGGACAGCAGUUUGUGCUGGAGAGAGGAGAGUACCCACACUGGGAGUCGUGGAGUGGCAGCAACGCCUACCACAUUGAGAGGAUGAUGUCCUUCCGCCCCAUCUACUCUGCAAACCAUAAGGAGUCCAAGAUAGUGGUGUUUGAAAGGGAGAACUUCAUCGGGCGCCAGUGGGAGAUAAACGAUGACUACCCCUCUCUCCAGGCCAUGGGCUGGGGCAACAAUGAGAUUGGCUCUAUGCAGGUCCAGAGUGGCGCUUGGGUGUGCUACCAGUUCCCAGGUUACCGUGGUUACCAGUACAUCAUGGAGUCUGAUCAUCAUGGCGGCGAGUACAAACAUUACAGAGAGUGGGGCUCCCAUGCUCAGACCUUCCAGGUGCAGUCACUGCGCCGAAUCCAGCAAUGAGACCCGCUGCCACCUCUCCCACCCUCUGUCUCUUUACCUCCUCCAAAUCCUCCUCCUCCCCCUUUUCCUUCCUUCACCCAGUCAUUCCAAGCUUUAGCCAGAUCCAUCAGUUCUUGAUGAUCCAAGGCUGAUGCUGCUGGUGCUCAACCAUCAAGAUGUUUACAGCACUUUUGUUUUAUUUCUGUUGCCAAAUGAAAAUGAACAACAAAAAAGAAAGAAGAAAAGAAAAAAAAAAG